AUGGAUGCUGGUUCAAAAAAAGUUGCUGUAGGUGUACUGAUAACGGUUGGUGAAUCUAAUGUCGUCGUUUUGGUUGCUGAGGCUGUUGCUUUACGAGUUGAAAUUGUUCUUUUUGAUGUCAAUGUAACUAUUAAUGUCGCCGUCGCCGUUGUCGCAGGAGUUGUCGCAGUUGUUGCAGAAGAAGUUGUGGGUGAAAUGGCUGUCACUGUUGUUGGACUUGUUCUUGUGAUUAUUGAUGCUGAAGUAAAACAA